CUGUCAAAUGGGCUACCAGAACCCACUGCCGGAUACUGCAAUGUAAAGGGAAAACAAAUUAUUUAAGUAGACCUUGUUAUUUUACAAUCACAUCCUACUAAGGAGGAAAAAAAACUGAGUUCAGGUUGAAUUUUCUAGACCAUUUCUUUUUAAACUUUAGUCUAUCAGUGAAUUUCUCAAGGGGGAUAUCUGCAUGCCAUGGAGGAGGCCCUCAACAGCACCAUUGAUCCAGCUUGUUUACAAGAGCCUCCCCUGGCUAUCGACGUGAUAAAGCAGCUGGAUGUGUUUGGAGUUUGCCUGUAUUCCAUGCUCACCUUCAUGUCCGUGGUCUCUCUGCUGCUGUACCUGGAGCAGUGUGUCUAUAUUUAUAAAAACUUGCCGUACCCCAAAAAGACAACCAUCAUCUGGAUAAAUGGUGCAGCACCUGUCAUUGCCACCAUGGCUUGUUUUGGGAUGUGGAUCCCAAAGGCCGUCAUGAUCACAGACAUGACGUCUAACUGCUAUUUUGCAGUCGUGGUGUAUAAAGUCUUGGUCCUGAUGAUUCAGGAGUUCGGGGGCAGUGAUGUUUUUCUGAAGCGGUUUUCUGGUGAAACCUUUAAGAUCAGCACAGGACCCUGCUGCUGCUGCUGCCCCUGUUUACCCCGCGUACCCAUGUCAUGGCGAAUGUUAUUCUUGCUGAAGAUGGGUGCUCUUCAGUAUGCAAUCCUUAAAACGGUGCUUUCUGUCCUUGCCAUAAUAUUGUGGACAAACGGCAACUUUGAUCUCUCUGAUCUAGAGAUAACUGGUACAGCUAUUUGGAUUAACCCAUUAAUUGGUGUUCUCACAAUCAUCUCCCUUUGGCCUGUUGCCAUCAUCUUCAUGAACACUAACAGCCAUCUACACAGCCUCAAAAUCAUACCCAAGUACGCCAUGUACCAACUAAUACUUGUGUUGAGUCAGCUGCAGACAUCAAUCAUUAACAUCCUGGCCUUGAAUGGAACCAUCUCCUGUUCGCCUCCCUUCUCUUCGCAAGCUCGUGGAUCCAUGCUAAGCCAGCAGAUGAUGAUCAUGGAGAUGUUCAUCAUCACUCUGGUCACUCGGUUUUUGUACCGUCGUACAUAUGACACACUUCUCUCUGGGGCACAUGAAAACGACCAGAACGCCAAAGUUCUUGUGGAGCAAGAUGUCUAAAAAAGGAGACAAUGACAGUCUUCUUCAAAUUGCGUAUCAGGUGAUCUAAAUUAGGAGACCAUCGGAUAGUCAAACUUGAGUCUGAUAAACCUUUUUCAUUUGAUGUAACAUUUUACCUCAUUCUGUCACUCAAGUGUAAUUGGAAAAGAACCUCUUUUUUAUAUAAUCAAAGGACUACUUUGGUGCCCUCUUUCUUUGUACUUUUCACACAACAAUCACUGACACUUGUCUGCAUCUUGUAGAUGACAAAACAUAAUGGAUUAGUUCACCCAAAUUACUAUGUCCUUCCCAAAAAAAUUGUCCCUCUGAAGAUUGUACACAGUGGAAAGAGAUGUUGGCUGUUGAAUUGUUUACGUGUCUCUCUAUGUUUUGAGCACCACAAAUGAAAUUUCAUUCACUUCCACUGUACUGGAGUGGAGGCAGAAAUGUCAGACACAGAUAUGUCAAAACUUGCGCAUAUGCACCAAUAUUACCUGAUAGACAGUAGAUAGAUGAGAGAUUUUUUCCCUUCUUGUGAUUUGCAUGAAGUGACAAUAGUUUGAUGUUUUGUGACACGCACUUUUUCCGUUUCUCGCUGAGAGUUAAAUGUGAGGACUGGUGCCAUAUGAUAGUAGUGUCAAUCUUGCGAUCUAAGUCUCUGCAAGAGAGCGAAUAUUUCUGUUCCACAAAAAAAUAAACUAUUCCUUUAGGCUUCACUAGUUUCUAAAGCUAAAGAAUUACUUGAGACAUUGGGGUGAUAGCCUUUUUUUUCAGCUUAUAACUAGGAUCUGGAGGAGAACACCGGAUCCUUCUCAUACUGGAACAGGUCAUACUGGGACAAAUAUAGAGCAGAUGAGAGACUGGAAAUUAGCAAAGUGGUCAUUUUGGACUGGGAUUGUGCAGGUUUAUGAAUAUAUGUGUAUGGAAGAACAAAACUUUUACAUUUGCCUAAAGAACAGUAAAUAAAAGCAAUAAUGAUGAGUUUGGUCAAGGUUUGGAGAUGUUGAAGUG